CGAUUCUGUGUAACCGGCUUGUAAAUAGAUUAAGCCAAGCUUGUUAUAUAAAAAUGAAAAUAUAUCGUCUGUCAAUCAUCUGUGUAUAUCAACGUGUUCAUGGUCUGGCCCAUUAGUUCCCGUAUUUUUUCAGAUAUGAAGUCCUUUAAGGAUUAAUUUUCUUAGAAGAAUAAUUUACUGAUGUUCAACAUGCGAUUUAUCGAAUGAAAAGUGUCGUACUUAAUGAUCGGUACAAUUUAUAUUCUGCAUUUUUUAGAAGAUUCUGUCUAAAUGGUUGAACUACAAGGAGAAUUCAGAAAAUUGCUGACAAUGUAAGGGUGAUAGCUAGUAGAUGUUAGAAUCUUUACGAUGUCCGGCUGGGCUCAAAGGAUGCAUCGUGGAGCUGCUACUUUGAGCAAUGUCGUUACAUCCUGUGGCCACACUCCUGUACCUUAUCCAACACGCAUGGAGAAAGUUAAAUUUGGGGUUAUUCUUGAUCAGGUGUGUAAGCAUGAUAUACCAGGACCAUUACUUAUAUUAAUAUUAAAACUGAAUAAAGAAGGUCCAUAUAAGAAAGAUGUAUUUCGAGCUCCUGGGCACCAAGGGAACAUGAAAAAACUCAUUCAUUUUCUUCAGCAUGGGCGUCUAGUCAACAUAGAAAAUUUUUCUGUGUAUACUAUAGCCUCAGUUUUAAAGAAAUUCUUAAGGAAGUUACCAGGUGGCAUAUUUGGAUCAGAAAAUGAAGAAGCUCUAUUUGAAAUUAUAAAUAUGGAUAAUAUUGAUGAGAAGCGGGACAAAAUUCAUAGGCUCAUAACAUCACUUCCCAUUGUUGCUCAACACCUUUUGGUGCUUUUGUUUGGUACAUUCCGCGCCAUUUCCAGCUGCUCUGAGAAAGCACAAACAGGCAUGUCUUCAGAAGCACUCGGGGUCAGUGUUGCACCAAGUUUCUUUCAGUCUUGUGUUAGUGAUGGAAAAAUGGCUAGAAUGGAAGAUGUUGUAAGAUUCAAAGUGGCAACACGAAUUAUGAAGUUCCUUAUAGAUAAUUUUGGUGUUAGUAACUUAUUUGGAAGAGAGAACUAUGAAUACUAUGCUCGUAUUACUGGCAGAAUUCUGAAGGUGGAAGAAGACUGGAUAUUUGCAUUUCGUUAUCCUCCAGAUUCCUUAGUUUCGCGUAAUUACGACUGCAAAGCCUCUCUGGAGACAGAGAAAUCUUGGCUCCAGCAAGAGGCCGAGAGAUGGGGCUUAGCUUUUAAUUUAGAAGCCAUAUCUUCCCAAGAAGAGUGUCGCAGUACUCCGGCAUUAAUUCAUGCUAGUGAACCUAUGGUACAAGUUGAUGGACCACAGAUGAGUGGCAGUCUAGCAAACUUAGGUGACACAUACACUAGAUUGAGUGUAUCAUUAGAAGAAAAUGGACUUUAUAAGGCUGCUUCUCCUAUGUGUUUUUUGGGACUUGAUCCAGAUGAGCUGAAAGCCGUUAAUCGAUAUGCAGAGAGCACAAAGUCUUUAUCCUUUCUGCCACAGGUCCAUGAAAGGCAGACGGCCCGAAUGCGGACACGCUCUGAGUGGUUUCUCAACCCUUCUCCUUGUCCCUCGCCGACUCCCUUUCAUGUUCCACCGGAGAUUGACGAGAAUGAAGAAAUUGCAUUCAAGGUAGUUUUUUUGGUUAUUUCUGAUUAUUAAUUAUGGAUGUAUUCU